CAAACGGGCUCCAAUAUUCUUUUUCUUUUUUUCCCUCCCUUCAUUUUGUUGCGAGAACAACGCGUAAGAGACUCAACAAAUUAAAUCCCAAUUGAAAGCUGCAAUUUCUCACAAAAAAAUUCAAAGCUUUGAUCCACAGGAGCAAUGGCCCGUACUAAGCAGACUGCCCGUAAAUCCACUGGAGGUAAAGCUCCACGUAAGCAGUUGGCCACAAAAGCUGCCCGGAAGAGCGCCCCUUCCACUGGAGGUGUGAAAAAGCCCCAUCGCUACAGGCCCGGGACCGUGGCUCUUCGUGAGAUCCGUCGUUACCAGAAGUCCACUGAACUUCUGAUCCGCAAGCUGCCCUUCCAGCGCUUGGUGAGAGAAAUCGCCCAGGACUUCAAGACAGACCUGCGUUUCCAGAGUGCAGCGAUUGGCGCUCUGCAGGAGGCCAGCGAGGCCUACCUGGUGGGUCUGUUUGAGGACACCAACCUGUGUGCAAUCCAUGCUAAGCGUGUCACCAUCAUGCCCAAAGACAUCCAGUUGGCACGUCGCAUCCGUGGGGAGCGUGCCUAAAUUUUUUUUCUUUCUCAUGAAAUGCUCUUCUCUUGUCCCAUCACCAUAUUUUCCUUCUCCCUACAUAGAUAGUAGUUUGGUUUGAGGUUCUCAAUAUAUUAUGACUGUGAUAACUGUCAAUGUGUGAUUAUGUCUUGGUUGGUGCUACAAGUAGAAGAGUUUCUUUCGAUAUAUCUUCAUUUACAUUUGAAACUUUACACUCCUCACUUUAGCUAUUGCUAUGAAUACUGUGUUUUUGCUAGCCAUAAGUAGUGUGUAACCUGGAAUGAGUAUAGUACAUAGCGUUAAGACAUUUUCACCUUCAAAUGGACAUAUUCAUUGAUAUCAUGGGUCUUCUGUUUUUUUUCUUUUUUGUAAUUUUAAAAUUGACACAAACACAGUCAGUUCUAUUUUUACAACAGUGGUGUUUAAUAUUGUAUCCAAAUGCUUUAUUCUGUUUGUCAAUUUCAAAUGUCAUUGCACUAUAAUGACAACAUGGUUUGACACUUCUACGCGGCAUAUAUGUAGCAGACACGAUUUAAUUUUACACUUGGCUUUCACCACAUUAUUAUGUUCAUGCAAUGUUCUGAUUUUUUUGUUUCUCUCUCAGGUCGAUAACCUAUUUUUUUCUACUGUUUUUUUUAUUUGUGUUUUUGGUCAUUUUGAAGGCUAAAACAUUUGUACUCCAAAAUUCACAUACAAACAUAAAUAAAACUUAUUGUGGUUAAAUAGA